CUGGGGCCAGGACAGGUAGAGAUAUCCUGAAAGUUCAGAAUUACACUAUGAGAUUAAAGGGAAAGUUUCCCACAUCAUCCCAUCUCUUUCUCCUAGGCUUUUUGUUCCUCAUUCUGUCAUAUGCUGCUUACAUUGGCUUUGUUGAAAAAUAUCCAUACAGCCAUUUGUUUAAUUUUCAAUAUGCCAAAAUGGUGCCUCUGUUUGAUAUCCAAAACGAUGUUCAAGAAGUUGUAGCUACCAGUCCAAAGACAUUAGAGCUUCCAGAUACAAGUGUGGGACCAGGCAGUUCUUCACUGCAGAAAGAUCCUGUGAAGAGACCGGCAAACUACAAUGCCCAUGAGAGGCAUGCAUCAGCAUCACUUCAAAAGCAAACCAGGAGUAGGCUUCUCAUAGUGGAAACCAGUCAAAAAUCAGCCGAGAAGAAAGAAACGCCUUCGUUAAACAAAACUCAAGUCAAAGAGAAUAAGGAGAUACCAGCAGCAAGCCAAAACCAUGCCGAAACUUUGGUUGAAAUACGAUCAUUUAAUAAAGAUGGGAAGGAUAAUUCACCAGCCUCCAACAAAAAGGAUGAAACAAAUAAAGGUAUAGCACCAGGAAAUGAAGAAAAGGAGAAAGCAAAGGAUAAACAGGUGACACCAGUACUCCCAAGAAAGCUGACUGCAGGAAAAGCAGCCAAACAACAAGAGUUUCUUGGUAAAAAUGCCACACUGCCCUCUAGAGCAAAUCAAACUCACCUGAGAGAGCAAUCCAACAAAACAAACCUAAUUAAAGAACACUCUGCCAAGGCAUCAAUAUCUGACGUUCAACGAGUCACACAUCCAGCUCCUUUAGCAACAACCCCUAAAAGAUUAAAAGCAGCUGACUUUAAAUCUGAGCCCCAUUGGGAGUUUGAUGACAUUUACCUGUUGGAUAAUUCAACGCCACCGUCGACCUGCCCAGAUUCUUUGAGGAACAAGGCUGCCAAAUCUGAUUGGUUACAUGAUAUUUUCCUACCCAACAUCACAGUCUUCAUGGACAGGAGUCACUUCAGUGACAGUGAAUGGAAGCGUAUGGACCAUUUUGCUCCACCGUUUGGCUUUAUGGAGCUAAACUACUCAUUGGUAAAAGAAGUGAUAUCCAUGCUUCCUUCUAAACCCUACCAUCACAUUCUCUUUGCACACAACAACAGUCAGACCACCAAGUGCAUCACUUGUGCAGUAGUAGGAAACGGAGGGAUACUGAAUAAUUCCAGAAUGGGCAAGGAAAUUGACUCUCACGAUUAUGUGUUCCGAGUGAGCGGAGCUGUGAUCAAGGGUUAUGAAAAAGAUGUGGGAACAAAAACGUCUUUCUAUGGAUUCACAGCCUACUCCUUAAUGGCUUCAAUUAUGAUUCUGGGGAAUCGUGGAUUCAAGAAGAGCCCUGCAGGAAAAGAUAUCAAGUAUCUGCACUUCCUGGAAGGGACAAGAGAUUAUGAAUGGCUGAAAGCUCUUCUUCUGAACACCAAUGUCAGGAAGGGAUUUUUGGACUAUUAUGGACGAAGGCCCCGGGAUAAAUUUGACAAUUUCAAUUUGGAUCAAUACUUUGUGAUUCAUCCAGACUUUCUCAGAUACACUAAAAACAGGUUUUUGAAGUCCAAAAGUCUAGAAAAGCCCUACUGGCGCAUUUAUAGACCUACAACAGGCGCCUUCCUUCUUUUGACUGCACUCCAUCUCUGUGAUCAGGUAAGCGCUUAUGGGUACAUCACUGAAGGCUACCAAAAGUAUUCAGAUCACUAUUAUGAUAAAGAACGGAAACGUUUAAUCUUUUAUACCAAUCAUGACUUCGAUCUGGAACGGAAGGGAACUGUUUCACUAUCUGGAUCUUACACUGGUUUCCCUUACUGUGAUGGCACUUAGAUCCUAAGAAGUUAUCGUGUAUGUACCCAGAUAUGCAAGCAAAAUGUUGGAGAUCUAAUUGUGAUGAUGCUACAUAUUUUCAUAUUUGGUGGACUUGUAAGGAUAUAAAGGCCUUUUGGAUAAAAAUUUGGUGGAUUUUACAAAAUGUUUUGAAAAAGAAGAUAAAGUUCCUGCCGCAAUUUUUUUUGUUGGGAAUUAUUACGGACUGUACAGUAAUUGAGACUAAAUUGAUUUUAAAUCUAAUAACAGCAGCAAGAUUAUUAAUAGGACAAUACUGGAAGAAAAAAGAAGUACCUACAAUAGAAGAAUGGAUAUUGAAAGUUGCCAAUUUGGCUGAGAUGGCGAAGAUAUCAGCCUUUUUGAAAGACAAUACACAAGAAAGAUACUUAAAGGAAUGGGAAAAAUGGAUUGAUUAUAUUCAAAGUAGAUAUCAGACUAAGAGUUAUCAGACU